AUGGAUUCGUUCAGCCCACUGGCCACGCGCAAGAUGGACAGAGCAGCUGCUUCAAGACAGAAGAGCUGCAAUGCCUGCGUGAGAGGGAAGCGCAAGUGCGACAAGAAGACGCCCCGGUGCACCCGCUGUGCGGCAAAAGGGCUCGACUGCGUCUAUCAGAGGUUGCCACCAGGCGCAAGCUUCCACGACGACGAUAUAUGCAUCGCGGAUUCCUUGAACGACGUCCCUGACUUUGAUAUGGGCUUUGACAUCAACAACUUGGGAGGAACAGCAACACUUUCUAGCACUAGCAACACUUCCCCAGAUAGCCUCGACAGAGUCACCACCUCGACCAUAGACCUCGAUUCUCCCCUCGACUUCUCCAUCAUCGACCACCUCAUGGCCAACGACACGUCUGUUGGUUCUGAGCUAUGGAGUCUGGGUGACUAUGGCAGCAGCAACAGCAAGCUGGGUAUACCGUCUAUACCAUCUAUGCCCACAACACAGGUCAUAAUUCGUGACCUAGCUAUCUUCGAGAGCAUAGAGCCCUGCAUGGUUGAUAUCAACCCCCUGGACGUGUAUGAUCCUCGCUCUCGCAUGGGGUACACCGUCGAUACCAUCACCAAUCUAUACCGCGACUUUGCAAGGACUCGUCGCCUCCCCUUUAUCCAUCCUCGUCUCUACGGCUCCAACCUCCCCAAAACACUAAUGGCAGCCUUCUCGGCGGCAUCCGCAUACUUGGCGCGCACACCAGAGAACAAAGGAUGGGUCUUCAAGCUUAUCGCCGACAUGGCAAAGGAAAUUCACCGCGAGGGCGAGCGCGCUUCAACGCCGGCGGAGAAACUAGCAAGGGUGCAGGCUAUUGUGAUACUAGACUCCAUACGUAUGUUCGACGGUGAUGUGACAAUGAGAGCAACGAGCGAACGUGAGAUGCCACAGUUUAUGGCAUGGAUGUUUGCUCUCAAGGAGAUGGAGGAAGAGCUAAAAAUUGGGGAUGACCCGGCUGCUACUUUGUUGAAGGGCUCACCACCACAAAGCUGGGAGGCUUGGUUACUCGCCGAAAGUACACGUCGAACUACCGUCAUGGCAUUUGCUUUCGUGUGCAUGAUCAGUUUACUAAAAUCCAACGAGCCGCCCUGCGAUGUCAUGGAACCAAACUUUCAGUUCACAGCCUCGAAAUAUCUUUGGGAGGCUGACUCUUCCAUGGCCUUCUUCCGUGCGUGGCAAACAAAGCCGCAGUACCCAGUGCGGAACCUUGACUUUAAGGGUGUCUGGAUGCAUGCGCAGCCAGAAGAUGUUGAUGAGUUUACGAAGCUAAUGUUGACUGCGUGA